CAAUGAAGUUGUUAGUGUCUAUUUCCGUUCUCCUGCUAGCUGUGCAAUCCUUAAACGCACAAGACUGCCUUAGUAGAGAUUUUAAUAAUGGUGGAACAGUAUGCGUUUGCAACACCGACCAUUGUGACACUUUUAAACCAAUUGAAAAAGUAGAGGAAUCAAAAUUUAUUAAAGUUACUUCAAACCAGGCAGGUUUAAGAUUUCAAAAAGAGGUAGGCGAAUUCAGAAAACAAAAUUUAACAGCUGAAAAUGUUAUUGAGAUUGGAACAGAAAAAUACCAAGAGAUUCUCGGUUUCGGUGGAUCUUUUACAGAUUCUACGGGUAUUAAUAUUAAAUCACUUAGUGAAGAUUUGGGAAAUAAAAUAAUAAGUGCAUAUUUUUCUGAUGAUGGGCUUGAAUAUAGCGUGGGUAGAGUUCCUAUUGGGGGAACCGAUUUUUCAUUGAAAGGUUAUUCCUAUUGUGAUACUCCUAAUGAUAAACCUGAUCCUGAUUUGGAAAACUUUAAACUUCAACCUGAAGAUUUCGAAUACAAGAUUUCAAUGAUCAGCAAAGCAUUAAAAAUCAGAAACAACAAACUUAAUUUAUUCGCUUCUGCUUGGAUAGCACCUAGCUGGAUGAAGACCAUUCCUGGAUUUAAUUCCAGAGGUUCUUACAUUAAGGACGAUAUGUACCAAGUAUGGGCGAAUUAUUUUGUGAAAUUUUUGGAUGAGUACAAUCACAACAAUAUUUCGUUUUGGGGAAUAACCACUGCUAAUGAACCAGUAACAGCUUUCCUUAACACUAAAAUACCAUCUGUAGCGUGGAAUGCUCGUGGAAUGGGUAAAUGGAUAAAAGAACAUUUAGGUCCUACAUUGAGAAAUUCAGCUCAUUCAAAUAUUAAUCUUAUAAUUAAUGAUGAUCAGAUUACCCGGGUUCCUGAUCUAACUGAUAUGCUAUUGUCAAAUGAAAAAGUUAGCAACUAUGUUAAUGGUAUUGGUACUCAUUGGUAUUUGGAAACAAUUGCUAGUACAGGCGUUAUUUUUGAUACUGCACAUGAUCUUUAUCCCAAUAAAUUUAUCAUCUCAACAGAAGCCUGUAACGGAUUUUUGACAAAUGAUGUCAUUUUGGGUAGCUGGAACAGAGGAGAAUUGUAUGCCGAAAGUAUUUUCCGAGACCUCAAUCACUGGGUGAUCGGUUGGGUCGACUGGAAUAUGGCUCUAAAUCUUCAAGGAGGACCAACGUAUAUAGACAAUUUCGUCGAUGCUCCUAUUAUAGUUAACGCUACAGCUGGAGAAUUUUAUAAACAACCGAUGUAUUAUGUUCUUGGACAUUUUUCCAAAUUUAUUCCUAAAGGAUCUAUCAGAAUAAAGUCUACUGUUAUUGAUGAAGUAGUUUCGAUUGCUGUUAGUAGACCAGAUGGUGCUACAGCUGUUGUAAUUUUAAACAAAAAUGACAAAGAUGUAACCGUGACAGUAAGAGAUGAAAGAAGGGGUGAUAUCAGUGUUAAUUUGACAGCCAAUUCGUUAACAUCUAUUGUAUACUGGUAGUAAAUUGAGUUUAAAAGACAAAUAAGAAAAUAACUGUCAUGUGUUAAAUCACUUGAGAAUUGUAUGUAAUAAUUUACCAUCAAACCUUACGUACUCAGACCUCAGAAACAUUUUAUUAGGUGAUCUUAAAGAUCAUAAUAUUUCUUGAAAUCAAUGUAAAUGCAAUAGAUUUUCUGAAAUUUUAUCGAUAAAUUCUAUACGUCAAAAUCCUUGUUGUCCUAUUGAUAUGUGUUUUAAAAUUAAGCAUACUAUAGUUUUUCAUAUAAUACAAACUCAACAGUUUUGGCUCACAAUUUAUUAUAACUAUGGACAGACAAUUAUCUUUUUUUUAUCCCUCCUCUUAAAAAUCCAAUCAUGUCGUGCAACAAGUCCAACCUUGUUCUUUGUUGACAUUUACUGCUGCCACUACGUCAACGUGCGAUCAAGAAUCUACUGAAAUAUUUUGUUACGCAGGCCAACGCGUUGAGGAAGCAUUUCACGAACUCAUCAAGAUUCUUCUAUUUAGAAUUGGAUUUUUUGUACGACAGUACUUACUUGUAAGAAGAUAAUAUGCUGUAAGGUAUACGGUAUCGGCACUGUAGCCAUUGCUUGUCACCAGUUAUGCAUGCGGUAUCGGCACUGUAG